UAGUGAGCAGCAGCACCUCCUGACCGCCAUUCCGCACCAAAAACUUUCCAUUUUCCUCUUCCCACUCUCUGGGACUUCCUUUUGAUUUUGCUGUGUGGAGGAGGAGGAGUGUGUGUGUGUGGUGGUGGGAUUUACAGUCUCCUUUAACGCUUGCUGGGACCUAGGAAAAGAAGAGUUACACCAUGUACUGCAAGUGAAAAAGUCUCUGUGUGUGUUUCUUGCAGAAGUUGAGGCUUUUCUCUGCUGCUUCCAGAAGUGAAAGCUGUGCCUUUAAUACACGUUGAGUGAGGUACCCAAGGAUAGGAAACUGGCCUGAAGCGAAAAUCUGGGGGAGACUGGGUAUUUGGCUACAUUUGCCCCUGAACUUAUCAACUGUCGGAUGUCGUGAUCUCAAUGGUAACUCAAACCCCCAGACUCUCGACAGCAGCCUGCGAGGAGCAGCAUUCAGCAGCUCAAAGGUCUCACGACCAGAGCGUGGAUCACACUUCUUGUAAACCUCAUCAUAUUGAGGUGGGGCUAAGAUGAGCAUAACCAGUGACGAAGUGAAUUUCUUGGUGUAUCGCUAUCUCCAGGAGUCAGGUUUCUCCCAUUCGGCCUUUACAUUUGGUAUCGAAAGCCACAUUAGUCAGUCCAACAUCAAUGGAACACUAGUGCCACCUGCUGCCCUCAUCUCUAUUCUUCAGAAAGGCCUGCAGUAUGUGGAGGCUGAGAUCAGCAUCAAUGAAGAUGGUACAGUAUUUGAUGGCAGGCCCAUAGAGUCACUGUCUCUGAUCGACGCUGUGAUGCCUGACGUGGUACAGACCAGGCAACAGGCGUUCAGAGAGAAACUAGCUCAGCAACAAGCCAGUGCGGCAGCGGCAGCAACGGCAGCAGCAGCAGCCGCGACAGCGACGACGGCAGCAACCGCGACAGUUGUUUCCCAGCACAACACACCAAAGAAUGGAGAAGCCACUGUGAAUGGAGAGGAGAAUGGGGCACAUGCAAUAAAUAAUCAUUCAAAGCCAAUGGAAAUCGACGGGGAUGUUGAAAUACCUCCUAACAAAGCAACAGUCCUUCGGGGCCAUGAAUCAGAGGUGUUCAUCUGUGCCUGGAACCCUGUCAGUGACCUGCUAGCGUCUGGAUCUGGAGACUCAACUGCCAGAAUAUGGAAUCUCAAUGAAAAUAGCAACGGUGGUUCCACUCAGCUAGUUUUGAGGCACUGUAUAAGAGAAGGAGGACAUGAUGUCCCCAGCAAUAAGGAUGUGACUUCAUUGGACUGGAAUAGUGAUGGAACACUAUUGGCUACAGGAUCAUAUGAUGGUUUUGCAAGAAUAUGGACAGAAGAUGGUAACCUUGCAAGCACCUUAGGUCAACAUAAAGGUCCCAUAUUUGCUCUGAAAUGGAACAAAAAGGGGAAUUACAUUUUAAGUGCUGGUGUUGAUAAAACAACAAUAAUUUGGGAUGCUCACACAGGGGAAGCUAAGCAGCAGUUUCCUUUUCACUCAGCCCCUGCUCUGGAUGUAGAUUGGCAGAACAACACUACUUUUGCCUCCUGCAGUACUGACAUGUGCAUUCACGUAUGCAGACUUGGCUGUGAUCGCCCAGUCAAAACCUUUCAAGGACACACAAAUGAAGUCAAUGCAAUUAAAUGGGACCCUUCUGGUAUGCUACUAGCAUCCUGCUCUGAUGAUAUGACAUUAAAGAUUUGGAGUAUGAAGCAAGAUACAUGUGUACAUGACCUUCAGGCUCACAGCAAAGAGAUUUAUACUAUCAAAUGGAGUCCUACAGGACCAGGCACCAGCAACCCAAACUCCAACAUCAUGUUAGCAAGUGCUUCAUUCGAUUCUACUGUUCGGCUGUGGGACGUUGAACGAGGAGUCUGCAUUCAUACACUAACCAAACAUCAAGAACCUGUCUACAGUGUAGCUUUUAGUCCUGAUGGGAAAUACCUGGCCAGUGGGUCCUUUGACAAAUGUGUCCAUAUAUGGAAUACUCAGAGCGGAACUCUAGUACAUAGCUACAGAGGCACUGGAGGGAUCUUUGAAGUCUGUUGGAAUGCGAGAGGAGACAAAGUGGGAGCAAGUGCAUCAGACGGAUCGGUUUGUGUUCUAGAUCUGCGGAAGUAAAGGUGAAGUGUUUUAGAAGAAAUUUCAAAUGGACCAGCAGUGAAUGUGUGGGGAGAAGCACUCUUCAAAACUAUUCUUAACAGCUCCAGAACUGUACAAACUUGAAAAAAGUUAGUGUGUACAAUGAAACCAACUCUCCCUGGCCACAGAAGUCUAGUAUUUUGCCCAUAACCCUCAUCAAGGAGUAAAAACACAGUCACUUCAAAGGGGGAGAGUAUGGUUUUCACCUGGAAUAUUCAGCCUUGGAAGCAUGAAGCCACCAACUAGAGACUGCACUGUUUGGUUUGCAUCUGAGAACUUGCUUUGAUGGCUGAAAAAAAAAAAAGCUGUGCCAAAAAAUAAUAAUAAAGAAACAAACUAAGCAAAAUGCUGUGAUAAAC